AUGACGCUCCUUUCUGUCUGCCUAUUCUUGCUCUUGCUUCUUUUCCAGGACCAGGGUUCUGUUGAUGGGGUUCGUCCUCAGCUGAGAGGUGCCCAGUGUAGGACAAGACCUACAGAUCUGGUGUUCAUUGUGGACAGCUCCCGAAGUGUGCGCCCCAAUGAAUUUGACAAAGUCAAGAUUUUUGUGUCUCAGGUCAUUGAGGCACUUGAUGUAGGUCCUAAUACAACCCGGGUUGGGGUCAUCAACUAUGCCAGUGCUGUCAAGAACGAAUUGUCCCUAAGAACACACCAGACGAAGACCAGCCUCUUACAAGCGGUUCGCAAGAUUGAGCCUCUCUCCACUGGGACCAUGACAGGCCUGGCUAUACAGUUUGCCAUCAACAGAGCGUUCAGUGAAGGAGAAGGAGCCAGGGUGAGAUCCCCAGAGAUCAACAAGGUGGCUAUUGUAGUGACCGACGGUCACCCCCAGGAUGGGGUGAAAGAUGUAUCAGCAAGGGCAAGAGCUCUUGGGAUUGAAAUCUUUGCCAUUGGCGUGGGCCGCGUUGACAUGCAUACAUUGCGACAGAUAGCCAGCCAGCCCUCGGACGACCAUGUGGAUUAUGUUGAAAGUUAUAGUGUCAUUGAGAAGCUGACCAAAAAGUUUCAGGAAGCUUUCUGUGUUGUGUCAGAUUUGUGUGCCACCAGAGACCAUGAUUGCCAGCAGCUUUGUGUCACCACAGGAGCCUCGUAUGCCUGUGCUUGUGAAGUGGGUUUCAUUCUUAACAGUGAUGGGAAGACCUGCAGUGUAUGUAAUGGAGGCGCUGCCACAGAUCUCAUCUUUCUGAUAGAUGGGUCGAAGAGUGUGAGGCCUGAGAACUUUGAGUUGGUGAAGAGAUUCAUUAACCAGAUUGUGGAUUCUCUGGAGGUGUCAGAUAAAAACACUCAGGUGGGCCUGGUCCAGUACUCUAGCUCAGUCAAGCAGGAGUUCCCACUGGGGCAAUAUAAGAACAAGAAGGAUAUCAAAACAGCAGUGAGAAAGAUGACAUAUAUGGAAAAGGGCACCAUGACUGGCCAGGCUUUGAAAUACCUCGUUGACAAUUCCUUCGCCAUCUCUAGUGGAGCAAGGCCUGGUGUCUCUAAGGUGGCCAUUGUAUUUACUGAUGGACGCUCCCAAGAUUACAUCAAUGAUGCAGCCAAGAAAGCUAAAGAAUUAGGGUACAAGAUGUUUGCUGUUGGAGUGGGCAAUGCCAUUGAAGAUGAACUCAAGGCAAUUGCCUCUGAACCAGUGGCAGAGCACUACUUCUAUACAGCUGAUUUCCGAACCAUCAACCAAAUUGGAAAGAAGCUGCAGACUAAAAUAUGUGUUGAGGAAAAUCCAUGUGAAUGCGAAGCUAUGGUCAAAUUCCAGAGAAAGGUAGACAAUCUCAUAAAGGCAUUGACCCGAAAACUGGAAGCUGUAUCAAAAAAGCUUGCGAUUCUAGAAAACAAGAUCACUGUUUAA